AUCAACCUCUGUCUCUUCGUACAUGCUGUCGUCGACCUUCUAGUCGAUGUUUCAUAUCUCAUGACUAACAUCGAAAGAAUAUACAGACUAUUUGAAAAAGGCCCCUACACACUUGCAGAACACGUACACAGUCUGACAGGUUCUGUGUGGGCCUCGCAGUUCCUAUCGGCGGUGAUCGCCAGUGAGCGGUGUUUCUGUGUCGUCAGUCCCUUCCACGCCAAGAAGCUGCUCAAGACGUCCACCAUGGCCGCCAUCAUCGUCGUCUGCAGCGUUAUCUUAAUAGGAGGCAUGAUGACUGUCCUGUGGUUCAAAAACACAAGCGGCUGUUGGUUCGACCCCGAGACUAACCUUAUGGAGAUCGGGACUAUUGUAUCAAGCUUUUACAUAAACAACCGAUCUUUUCUGGACAUCGUGGACAUCUACGUCUAUGGUUUCGCUUUUUCGGGAACAUUUCUCAUCGUCGUUCUCGUCACUACGUCCAUCACAGUCGUCAAGCUACGUUCUGCUCUAGCCUGGCGUGUGAGGGCUACAUCGACGACGACAACGACAUCGGCAAUGUGCACAACUUCAGUGACGGAGCACGCUGACGUCAUGAUGUCCAGCAAGGACCUUAGUGUGACGUUAAUGCUAGUUGUCACUUCCGCCUUGUUUGUGGUGCACGUGACUCCCAACCUGUGUCUUCAGGUAAGCAUACUCAUUGUCCCAGACCUCAGUUCUACCGGUAAUUACAAAAGUUUGUCUGCUAUCUUCUGGUAUAUUGUUACAUUUUUAUGGACGUUGAACUCCUCUUUAAACUGCGUUGUUUACUACAAGAUGAGUUCAAGAUACAGGGAAGUAGUAAAGGCUUUACUAAGCAGAUUAUGUCGAAAUUGAUAAUCUCCGUUUAGGUUACAAUUAUGGUAACAUUCCCAUUUUUUAAAUAAAUAAAAGGGUAGACUAUAUGCAUUUC